CAGGGCAGCGGCCACGUGGUUUUUGUGUAUGAAGAUGGCGUCGGUGGCGGAGAAGGAGGGCGCAGAGGCGGGAGGAGGAGCAGCAGGAUUCGGGUCUAGCCCGUCGGGAGGCGGAGACAACCGGACCGGGGACUCCGUACAGCUGAGCUCGGCCGCUGGACUGGAUACAGAGUCUUCCAAUGAAAAGGACGCCUUGGACUCCACAGCUGAAGGUGAAGUCAUGGACAACCAAACAGGCUCGGUGGAUGAGGAAAAUGGCCGCCAGCUUGGCGAGAUCGAGCUCCAGUGUGGCAUCUGCUUGAAGUGGUUUGGAGCGGAUAUGUUUGGCAUAGAUACCACGUUAUGUCUUCCGUUUAUGACCAAUUACAGCUUCCAUUGUAACGUGUGCCACCACAGCGGGAACACAUAUUUUCUGAGAAAGCAAGCCAACCUGAAGGAAAUGUGUCUUACCACUUUGGCCAACUUAACGUGGCAUUCCCGAAACCAGGAUGAACAUCCCAAGACUAUGUUUUCCAAAGACAAGGAUAUAAUACCAUUUAUUGAUAAGUACUGGGAGAGUCUGACUACUCGACAACGGCCUGGAAAAAUGACCUGGCCCAACAGUAUAGUGAAGACUAUGACUAAAGAACGGGAUGUGUUUUUAGUUAAAGAGCAUCCGGACCCAGGCAGCAAGGACCCAGAGGAGGAUUAUCCAAAAUUCGGUCUGCUUGACCAGGAUUUGGGAAAUAUUGGCCCUGCUUAUGAUAACCAGAGGCAGAGCAGCGCAGUGUCCAGUGGAGGGGGUCUAAAUGGGUCUGCAGCGGCCAGCUCUGCAAAAGGUAGAGGAGCAAAGCGCAAGCAACAAGACGGCAGUUCUUCCAAUGCAGCCAAAAAGACCAGAAGCGAUCCGCUAUUUGCCGCACAGCGCCUGCCUCCUCACGGGUACCCGUUAGAACACCCGUUCAAUAAGGAUGGAUACCGAUACAUCUUGGCGGAGCCUGACCCACAUGCACCCGACCCAGAGAAACUAGAAUUGGACUGUUGGGCAGGAAAACCUAUUCCAGGAGACCUGUACAGAGCCUGUCUGUAUGAGAGGGUGCUGCUCGCCUUGCAUGACCGGGCUCCUCAGUUAAAGAUCUCUGAUGAUCGCCUUACGGUUUUGGGAGAGAAGGGAUAUUCCAUGGUGAGGGCGUCCCACGGCGUGAGAAAAGGAGCCUGGUAUUUUGAGAUAUUUAUCGAUGAAAUGCCCCCGGAUACAGCUGCCCGACUGGGCUGGUCACAGGCUCUAGGUAAUCUCCAGGCUCCGUUGGGUUAUGACAAGUUCAGCUAUUCCUGGCGUAGCAAGAAAGGAACCAAAUUCCAUCAAUCAAUAGGAAAACACUAUUCGGACUCCUAUGGACAGGGGGACACCCUUGGGUUUUAUAUUAAACUCCCAGAUGACACUGAGACUGCAGUAGCUCUGCCCGACACCUACAAAGACAAGGCCUUGAUUAAAUUCAAGAGUUACCUGUACUUUGAAGAGAAGGACUUUGUAGAUAAAGCGGAAAAAAAUUUGAAGCAAGCAGCGGGCAGCGAGAUCAUAUUUUACAAGAAUGGGGUCAGUCAAGGAGUAGCCUAUAAGGAUGUUUUUGAAGGUGUAUAUUUCCCAGCUAUAUCCCUCUACAGAGGCUGCACAGUUUCAAUCAAUUUUGGACCUCAUUUCAAGUAUCCACCAAAGAAUUUGUCUUUUUGUCCAAUGAGCGAUAUGGCCUGGAAGGCGGUUGUCGAGCACACCACGGCAGACGUCCUUUACCACGUAGAAACCGAGGUCGAUGGCCGAAAGAGCCCUCCGUGGGAACCUUAACGCCGGCAUUUUUAUCCUUCAUUCUCUCCUCCCCUAGAGAUUAUUUAGUGCAUAAUGGAAAUAAACGUUCUGUAUCAAUACCUCACCAUUUUCAAGAUCUCUGCUUGCUGUAAUUCAACAGGAAUCUUCAUUGCCUAUUUGUAGUGGGUAACAGUCUUCCCUGUGGUGGAGGCACAAGGGCUCGGCUUGUCACAGCCCGGUUAUCGGGGUUCUGUUGUAUGACCGGCGCACUUAGAUGUCCAAGACAGACUAUAACGUAAGCUAGGACAGGUUGCCAUACACAGACAGCAAGCAGAGAUCUUGCGAGGAAUGAUACCGAAAGUUUAUUGGAAAAGGGUGUUUUUUUUUAUUAUUAUUAUUAUUAUUAUUAUUCAAUGAAUAAGCUUCAAUGGAUGAAACUGUAAUGUACCUUUUUAAUGUUCAGGAUUUGGUCAGCGCUGUUCUCUAUAUUAAGGGAACAUGGUGGAUAAAGUUUAUAGAUGGGCUCAAAGAUAGGAAGAUUGCAGGUACUGUAAGAAUAUUUUGAGGAUGGAAAGUGCCAUUAUAUACUUUUAUGAGUAUUGCGUAUUUUUAAAGGGCUUGACCAGGAUUUUGGUGUUGAUGGCUUAUCCUAAGGAUAGGCGGGGGUCUGACACCCUGCACCCCAGCAUUCAGCUGUUACCUCGUAGCUACAUUGUCAGAAAUCCACUGCUCCCUCCUUCAUGCAGUGGACGGAGCUGGUUACUGCAGUGUUGCUCCCAUUGCAAUGAAGGAGAGUUGCUCUGCCGUUAUCCGCUCCAUCCAGGGAGCUGUGUAGUUCUGGAGCUGCAAGGUAGCAGCUGAUUGGUGGGGUGUCAGACCCCCACAAAUAUCCUAAGGAUAAGCCAUCAUCAUCAAACCACAGGACAACCCCUAUCACUGACGUGUUGAGAGACCGUACCAUAAGUGAGCAGCGGAUGUCUCGCUGAUCCUGAGAAUGGGAUAGGAAAGCCCCUUUAAUUGAUCCAACAUUCCUUGACGGGUCCCUGGGUUGUUUUACGGUUAGAUAGUGAUGGGUCAGAGUUAGAUGAGUGGCCAAAUUUUUUCCUUUUUUUUUUUUUUUUUAAAGCAGAUUUCUGCUUUUCAUGACCCAAGUAUUUUCAUCUUCUCACAUGUCUUUGAUCAAGUUGUACCCUAUAAUAAGGAUGGCAAAUGAUGGGCCAUUCGACGCUCUAGAGCAAAGUAUUAUAUGCUUCCUGGUCACCGAGGGUUGCCUUGUGUGUCGCUGAAUCUUGUGGUUCACUCGGAUGUAAAAAUAUUACUUGUGUUUCUUUUAAAUAAAGUUUCUUUUUUUUUUUUUUAAUUAUUUA